UUGUAUCCUGCAUCUAUAAAUACAUAUAAUAUCCCAUACCGUUGAGGUAUCUUUACUCUUAAAAAAUACAUUCCAUCUACCGCUUCGAUCGUUGUGAAUAACUAUACCAAGGUAUAUUAUUCCUAUUUCUAUUCUCCUUUCUAAAUGUCAUUGCAUGACAUAAGCCCACUCGAAGAACAUUAAAACUCACUUGGCCCCGGUGGUCGCCGUGUCUACUCCAGCGGUUCCAAAUAUUCAUCUGUUUUGGUUGGCGACUGACACUACCGAGCAAAGGCUACUCGCAGUUUCGCCAUACGAGACCGAUUUGCACAUUUUGUCCAGAUUUGAGAUAUUUGAAGAAAGGGGAUCCAAAUUUCUCCAUCUGCUUCAAAAAGACCCAUCCUUCAACUUGCUAUGAGCACCUAGGAACCUUUGCAUUUCUCGAUUUCGUUGUAUGCAGUAGUUUGUAGUAGGGGAAGCAGUUGACCUAUUUUUCUUCUACCGGCUACCCCUGACCUCUUGAAUCUGGCCAUCUAUCACCACAGGUCAUUGGCAUGUCACAAUGGUUGAACAUCAUCCCGUCCACAACAGUGAGGUCUAUCUGUUAGGGUUGGCGCCGCGUCCUACUGAACCACCUCCCUCUCCACCAUCCCCUUCCACACCGAGAGAAGCUGGGCCGAGCACUGCCAUUGAGGAAUUCUACUUAGACGACCCAGACGAUUUCGAGGAUCCUUUAGAGGCGGACUCGCGAACAAAACAAAGGAUUUCCGGUGCUAUUCAUGUCCUGAAUACCGAAGCGACUGCUCUCCGGUGCCUUACGGUUCUAUACAAGACCGACGUCGUAGCCACGCAGGGCUUCAAUGCUGCCGUAGAAGCUAUAACGAGACAUGGAGGCGAACGAGGCAAAUUGGUCAUCAUUGGUGUGGGCAAGUCGGGGCAUAUUGGGAAGAAACUAGUUGCGACGUUCAACAGCCUGGGGGUUCGAGCGACAUUCCUACAUCCUACCGAGGCUUUGCACGGCGAUCUCGGAAAGAUCGAGCAGCACGACACGGCCCUCUUCAUUACGUUUUCGGGAAAGACGCCGGAGCUUCUUGCUGUAUUACCACAUCUUGAUACGGCACUGCCGGUGAUUGUGCUUACCUCGCACACGCGGCCGGAAGAUUGCGAGCUCAUCCGCCAGCGCCAGGGCACCAUACUACUCCCAGCGCCCAUCCACGAGUCGGAAGCCGUGUCCUUUGGUGUGUCUGCUCCCACCACAUCGACUACUGUCGCCCUAGCGUUAGGGGAUGCGCUAGCAGUAGUUGCAGCCCAGGAGUUGCAUUCUACUGUCACAUCCGUAUUCGCAAAAAAUCAUCCCGGUGGAGCUAUUGGCCAAGCAUUUAGCAAGCCUCGCCAAAUUCGCGACCUCGCAAUCCCCUUCUCGGAGAUUCCCACUUGGCCCGAAUCCAACGAAGAAGCUUGUGGCGCAGAUAUACUGAAGCUAGGCUACGACUCACAGUCUGGAUGGGCUCGCGUAGGAGAUGCAAUUGCUUCCCCUAGGCGUAUUAGGCGACUUAAUACAGAGUAUAUGACAUCCCGGCUAUCUACCAUCCCUGACUUGGUGGUGGAACGGGGAGAAUGGAUUAGUAUUCAUGCCGAUACGAGGAUUUCGCAAGCUGCCGAAUGGUUCAGAGAACCCCUAAUAUCGUCCGACUAUGGCGAGGCGGCUUGCAAAGAAGAUUCUAUAUUAGCGGUCGUGGAAAACAGCGAGAUCAUCGGAGUCCUCGAAGUUGGGCAGCUGACAAGCUGGCAGGGUUGAAUAAAUGGGCACGACUUUGAUAUAUGAAUUCGACAUGUCAAUUUUAAUCGAGACACGAUACUUUUCCACGAUAAAGCUUGCGGACACAAUACUUAGGUGGUAUUGAAUAUGCUUGGAAUCCUCGAAAAGUCCGGCACCCAUACCCGGACAGCCUAAAGAGCCUUAACGAGCGUCCACUUAGACUUAAGACAAUUAUGAUGUAGAGACAACCAUUUCAUAAAUGCUCGCAGCGCAAGGAUAGGUACCAACUGAUAGAAAGUUGAAGGGAUAUCUUGAGUUUUCUGACGCUGCUGAGCCUACCAGUCUUAUCUAUUAGUACGGAUAAGAUUGUAAUGUCGAAUAUAGGGGCUACUUGGGCUCAUGUUGCCGGGGAAAAGAUGCAUAAUGUAGAUAUGUUUCGUGGCUGGAGGCAAAAUUUUCACCGUGGAAAGUUAAUCUUAUGAAAAGCAAAGAGAAAGCUGCUACUUUAUCGUACUAAACCCUUAUUAAAGGUUAGAAAGGAUACAAUAAGCAUUGUUGCUGUAUAGCUGUGUCUAAGUGAAUACUAGGUAUGGAAUAGAUGAAGUUGGUAGGCAAAGAACGUGUAUGAAAUACUUUCAAAAAGUAA